AUGCCGGAGAGGGUGCUCACGAAAUUCGAUGACUCGGACGACGAGAAGACGACUCGGACGACGACGAGUCUUCCCAAGGAUAAUAAUAAGCAGCAGCCAUUGAAGAUCCAAAAGAAAUUUGGUGAAACGAAUUCUAGCAACAAGAAGCGCAAGAGGGAUGAUAAUCGUAAUGAGACGACGAAAACAGCAGACGUGUCGAUAUCCAAAAACCAAGAAAACCGCAACAAUGGCCAUCCGCGUCCGUUCAACCAUAGGAAGCAGCACCAGCACCGAGAAAAUAUAUCGACAUCACAUCAACCAUUGAGAGAGAAAGCCAAGAUUCUUCUCGAAACUCGCAAAACUCUACCCAUAUUCCCGCAUGCAGACGAGAUCCGCCAACGCUUGAAAGAACAUAAUGUGAUGUUACUCAUUGGUGAGACUGGAAGCGGAAAGAGUACACAAAUACCGCAAUUUUUGAUGGAUGAAGAAUGGUGUCAGGCAAAAAAGGCCAAAGUUUCCCUUGCUCAGAGUGACGGAUCCAUGAAGAAGAAGAGCAUAACAAUUGGCGGGUGUGUCGCCAUUACGCAGCCACGACGAGUUGCUGCCAUUUCGCUAGCAAGGCGCGUUGCUGAAGAGAUAGGUACUCCGCUUGGGAAAGCGUCUCCUGCGAGUAAAGUAGGCUAUUCAGUGCGGUUUGAUACGUCUGUGUCUCCGUCUACGCGGGUCAAAUUUCUCACGGAUGGAAUGCUACUUCAGGAGAUGCUUCAUGAUCCGUGGCUGACAAAGUAUAGCGCUGUGGUUGUUGAUGAGGUUCACGAAAGGGGUGUGAAUGUGGAUUUGGUUCUUGGUUUUUUGAAAAAUAUCCUUUCAAGUAAUGGCGAAGGUCGUGGGGGCUUGCCAUUGAAAGUCAUCGUUAUGAGUGCUACGGCAGAUAUGGAAAGUCUACAAGAAUUUUUCGGCCAUGGGGAGGAUUCAAAACGAUCUACAGAAAACGGCGAAUCAGAUAAUACUGAAAAUAAUGCUGUGGUCUCAACUUGCCAUAUUAAAGGUCGCCAAUUCCCCGUUCAAACCAUCUACUCACCGGCACCUGUCCACGAUUUUGUGGAUGCCGCCCUCGAGACGAUUUUCAACGUUCACAUUAAGGAGCCCAUGCCCGGCGAUAUACUUGUCUUUCUCACGGGACAAGAAACAGUGGAAAAUCUAGAGCACCUGGUCAACGAGUACGCCGUAGGAAUGGACCCAUCGUUGCCCAAAGUGCUUGCUCUACCUCUAUUUGCAGCUCUCCCUCAAGCAGCCCAGCAAAGGGUCUUUUCACCAGCACCGCCACGAACAAGAAAGAUCAUUCUCGCCACCAACAUCGCCGAAACAUCCGUCACCGUCACCGGCGUCCGCUUCGUGGUAGACUGCGGAAAAGCGAAAAUGAAGCAAUUCCGCUCCCGCCUUGGACUUGACUCGCUAUUAGUCAAACCCAUCUCGAAAUCAGCUGCUAUUCAGCGCAAGGGCCGUGCAGGACGAGAAGCUCCCGGGAAAUGUUAUCGACUGUAUACAGAGAGAGACUACCUAGCCCUAGACGAGGCCAAUACCCCCGAAAUCCUACGUUCCGAUUUGAGCCAGAGCCUGCUCAUCAUGAAAGCUCGCGGAGUCGACGACAUCAUGAACUUCCCUUUCCUUACACGGCCUCCACGAGAAGCUCUUGAAAAGGCGCUCCUGCAGCUAUUCAACAUCCAAGCAUUAGAAGAGACGGGUAAAAUCAGUGAGAUUGGCUUGCAAAUCGCGAAAUUGCCUCUCACUCCAUCCCUAGGUCGGGUGCUUCUAGCCGCCGCGGGAUAUGGUCAAGACUGUCUUCUAGAUGUGAUUGACAUCAUAUCGUGCUUGAGCGUGGAAAACAUCUUCCUGAAUACUACUUCUGAAGAGAAAAAGGAGGAAGCCGAGAAGGCGCGUCGCGAUCUGUAUCGAAGGGAGGGUGAUCAUCUGACCAUGUUGACUACGGUGCAAGGCUAUGCAGCGGAAAACACAGAUCGAAAGACGUGGGCUGAGCGGCACAUGGUUUCGCAUCGGGCGAUGCAAUCUGUCAUGGACGUCCGCAAACAACUCACGGCACAAUGUAAGCAAGCAAAGCUACUCACUGAAGAAGACGAGUCGGGACAACGACAACCCCCUCCAGACGCGAUGUCCGCAGUGUCAAUUCUGAAGAGUUUCCUAACGGGCUUUUCGACCAACACUGCCCGCCUGGUGCCUGACGGGUCCUAUCGAACGGUUGUGGGCAAUCAGACGGUGGCGAUUCAUCCGUCUAGCGUGUUGUUUGGCAAGAGGGUUGAAGCGAUUAUGUAUAAUGAGUUCGUGUUUACGAAUAGGAGUUAUGCGAGGGGAGUAAGCGCGGUGCAGAUGGAUUGGGUUGGGGAGGUGUUGGCUGGUUGA